AUGUAUCUAUUCCAGACAAGAAUUGAUGAAAUGUCACAUGAAGAGACUAAGUAUAUUUUGCAUCAGACAGCACAGCAGUUUCCUUCUUUGAUUUUUGACUUGGUCAAAGACAGUAGUGGAAACAGUGGAGGUUACCAUCCCAGACCAGAUGAAAACAUGUACAGUCCAGAUUGGUGUUGUGGUAACUGCAGAGAAAUGCCUACACAACCAGAGAAGCUCUGCUGCAAGAAAGAUCUACCAAAUUGUAUAACUUUGCUUCUGGAUUUCAAAGUUCUUAUUUUGGACGAAGCUGUCUUGGCCCUAGCACGCCUUUACAGGCAAGACAUGUUUGCUUUGCCAAAUGAGGAGGACUGGAAAAAAGCCAACAGGCAUGCUGCCUACAGACAAUAUAUAUUGUGGCAAGUUGGUCGUCUUGGUACUGGUGACAGACGGGUCAUCCCAAGCUGUGCGGUUUGGAAAAUUAGAGACGGGUUCCCUGAUGAAUUUGGACAGUACACUGGUUUCAGGCAUUCAGGAUUGCUUAAUUGA